AUGAGUUCUUUGGUGCCUCAUGCAUUAUACACUUCCCCCAGUGAGAUAGAAGGUGUCACUUUUAUUCCAGGAAAUGGGCCUCAUUCUACAGACGGCAAAACUACUCAAAUUUCAGAUAUUGUGAUCAAAGCGGGAGGAGAGGACAAAGAUAGGCCUAGCGAGCCCAAAGAUACACCACUAGGUUCACUCAGAGCACAGUUGACCACUGUUCAAGACAAGAUCAACGAAUUUUUGACAGCGAAGAUGUCAAACAAAAGAAAGUUAGACGAAGCGGAAAAUGAUCUUGAACGUCGCAUUUUGGACGAUGGUGUUGACGAGGAUAGUGAUUAA